AUGACGGCAACAUUACCCCCCGAACUGUUAUUCCAGAUCGCAACUCUUCUGCAAAAUAAUGGAAAUUCUCUAGUUCCAUGCACUUGUGUUUGUCGCUCAUGGCAGGCGGCUUUUGAACCCCUCAUCUACUCCAACCUAGCUGUCUAUAGUGACGAUGAACACAAAGAAGAGGGGCAACGUGGAAUUUCUCUCCGAAAUUUCCAAAAGCUCAUAUCCGGCCAUGCUAUACGGAAAACCUACAUCCGAAAUCUUGAAUACCAUAUCCUCGUCCCCUACGAAGUCUUAGACUGGAUCGCACGCAAACACCGGAAGAGUCCUGAAAAUUAUAGUACAGAUAACCCUAUCCGAAAGGACAACGAUCUAGCUUUUCAGACAGCUAUGGUUAGUCUUUUCCAAGAGCUUCAAUCAUGGGAUCAAAAUUCCCGUCUGAGAUUAAAUCUGGCUAUUCGAGGUCGUCGGCGAGGUCUUGCACCGGAACCACAUACUCAGCACUCAGAAAUCGCCGCUGACUAUCGUUGGGAUUAUCGAGAUGGGCGUAUAUUAUCAAUUCCCCCGUACAGGGCGCGGUUCCUCAAGGAUAUGUCGGAUCUACCAUCUCUUCCGUGCAUUGAGAAGCUCUCUUUUCUAAACCGUAAUCAAAUCUGGACUGGUGCAAUGCGGACUAUAAUUCAACGUUGUACCUCAAUCGUUGAAUUGGAGCUAGAUCUGAAGGAAUUUGUCCGUCCAGACCACCUGGAGUAUAUACAGGCACGUCGUGAAGCGUUGUCUUCUUUAGUCGGUUCUAUUCCGAAGAGCCUAAGAGUGCUACUCUAUCAAGGACAUGAUGAUGCCCCGUGGAAACCGGCCAUGUCCCCACUCAAUGUCAUCCCUUCUGGUGUUGAUAGUGUGAGCUUCAAUUUACGAGAUCUUAGUAUUCACCUUCAGCAACUGAAGUUGGUGAACACUACUAUCGCAUAUGACUUUUUGUGUCCUUUGGAUGAAAAAGGUCAGCCGAAACCGGGUUCUUUGCAGUUGAACUGGCCCUACCUAGAGGUAUUAGAACUUGAGCGUAUACCACCUUGGCUUCCUUCAGGAGAACCAACUUAUCAUAACACACCGGAAGACCAAAGCGAAAUCGACGAGAUUGAAAAUUGGGAAGACGUGAUAUGCGAUGUCGAAGCGGGAUGGGGCUGGCCGGAAUUACCGACUGAAGAACAUUUCCAUCGACUUCUUAUAUCGCUCGGCUAUGCAGCCCAGCGUAUGCCCCGUUUAAAGAACGUGAAAAUCAAGGUAGAGAGCCAUCGCCAGUUUACCUUCUGUCUCCAGAACAAGGCCGCCCAGAUUACCUUGAAAUGGGAUUGCUUUCACCCAUAUCGGCCAGAUAGUCGGGUGGCAAAGGCGUGGGAUUUUGACCUCGAUGAUGUGAAAAGUCACCCUCAAUACGAGGACGAAACUUCUGUGAUACUUCGGACCUAG